GCAGUCCCGCCGCGGCGGCGGCGCCAUGCCGCGGCCUGAUCUGCGACCCUGGGCCUCUCUGCUGCUAGCGGACGCAGCCUUACUUUGGCUUCUUCAGGGCACUCUGGGGGCUCUGCUUCCCCAAGGGCUUCCAGGACUAUGGCUGGAGGGGAUCCUGCGACUUGGGGGACUGUGGGGGUUGCUAAAGCUGGGAGGGCUGCUGGGAUUUGUGGGGACCCUGCUGCCCACUCUCUGCCUGGCGACCCCCUUGUUUCUCUCCCUGAGAGCUCUGGUCUCAGGGUCCUUGAGUGCACCUCCAGUCAGAGUGGCUUCAGCCCUUUGGAGCUGGCUGCUGGUGGGGUAUGGGGCUGCGGGGCUCAGCUGGGCACUGUGGGCUGUGCUGAACCCCUCUGGCGCCCAGGAGACGGAACAGGGCCAGAACAACAACAGGGACUUGAUGUGGAGGUUGCUGAAGCUCUCCAGGCCAGACCUGCCUUACCUCAGUGCCGCCUUCUUCUUCCUUGUUCUUGCUGUUUUGGGUGAGACACUCAUCCCUCACUAUUCUGGCCGAGUGAUUGACAUCCUGGGAGGGGAUUUUGACCCCGAUGCCUUUGCCAGCGCCAUCUUUUGCAUGUGCCUCUUCUCCAUUGGGAGCUCUCUGUCUGCAGGAUGCAGAGGAGGCUUCUUCAUGUACACCAUGUCCAGAAUCAACUUGCGGAUCCGGGAGCAGCUUUUCUCCUCCCUGUUGCACCAGGACCUCGGUUUCUUCCAGGAGACUAAGACAGGGGAGCUGAACUCACGGCUGAGCUCAGAUACCACCCUGAUGAGCAGCUGGCUUCCCCUUAAUGCCAACAUACUCUUGCGAAGCCUGGUGAAAGUGGUGGGGUUGUACAGCUUCAUGCUCAGCAUAUCGCCUCGACUCACCCUCCUCUCUCUGCUCGACGUGCCCCUUGCAAUAGCAGCCGAGAAGGUGUACAAUGCCCGCCAUCAGGCAGUGCUCCGAGAGAUCCAGAAUGCAGUGGCGACAGCAGGGCAGGUGGUGCGGGAGGCUGUAGGAGGACUGCAGACCGUGCGCAGUUUUGGGGCUGAGGAGGAUGAAGUCUGUCGCUAUCAAGAGGCCCUUGAACGAUGCCGGCAGCUGAGGUGGCGACGAGACCUGGAACGAGCUCUGUACCUGCUCUUACAGAGGGUACUGCACUUGGGAGUGCAGGUGCUGAUGCUAAGCUGUGGGCUGCAGCAGAUCCUCGCUGGGAAGCUCACCAGGGGGGCUUUGCUUUCCUUUCUGCUCUACCAGGAGGACGUGAGGCGCUAUGUGCAUAGCCUGGUAUACAUGUGGGGGGACAUGCUGAGCAAUGUGGGAGCCGCUGAGAAGGUGUUUUCCUACCUGGACCGACAACCAAAUCUGCCUCCACCAGGAGAAUUGGCCCCUGCCAUUCUACAAGGGCUUGUGGAAUUUCAAGAUGUUUCCUUCGCAUAUCCCAAUCGCCCUGACCAGCCUGUGCUCAUGGGGCUGACAUUUACCCUCCGUCCUGGUGAAGUGACGGCGCUGGUGGGACCCAAUGGGUCUGGGAAGAGCACGGUGGCUGCCCUGCUGCAGAAUCUGUACCAGCCCACUGGGGGACAGGUGCUGCUGGAUGGAGAGCCCAUCUCAAACUAUGAGCACCACUACCUGCACAACCAGGUGGCUUUGGUUGGGCAGGAGCCUGUGCUGUUCUCGGGUUCUGUGAGGGACAACAUUGCUUAUGGGCUGCAGAGCUGCGAGGACGAUAAGGUGAUGGCAGCUGCCAGGGCCGCCCAUGCAGUUGACUUCAUAGAGGAAAUGGAGCAUGGAAUGCAUACAGAUGUAGGGGAGAAAGGGAGCCAGCUGGCUGCAGGAGAGAAACAACGUUUGGCCAUUGCCCGGGCCCUUGUGCGGGACCCACGGGUCCUCAUUCUGGAUGAGGCUACCAGUGCCCUGGAUGUCCAGUGUGAGCAGGCUCUGCAGGACUGGAGUUCCCAUGGGGACCGCACGGUGCUGGUGAUCGCGCACAGGCUGCAGACGGUACAGAGUGCCCACCAGGUCUUGGUGCUCCAGCAUGGCGAGCUGCGGGAGCUUGCCCAGCUCCAGGAGGGGGAGGACCUCUAUGCCCGCCUGGUGCAGCAGCGGCUGAUGGACUGAGGCUCCAGGGACACUGGACCCUUCUCAGGGCCAUCUCCAGGACCCAGAGCAGCUCCUGCUUUGGGUUUCCCUGGGCUGUGUUCCUGGGUAGUUGUUCCUGAGCUGGAGGUGUGGUAGAGAUUUGGACCAUGUGUGCUUUGAUGGGGUGGGGACUGUCUGUGUUGUGGGACCUUAUUUCCUUGGUAAAUAGGGCUUUGCCUGAUGCCGAGUAGUAUCGUGUGGCAUAAUAAAUAUAUUUUAAAAUAUCUUUAUUAUUGUAUAAACAGCACACAUCCAUAUUGAAAAUUUAGACAAUACAGAAAAGUUCAGAGAAGAAAAGUUAAAAUUACCCAUUUUUUCA